UCCUUCCACCACUUAGCCUGUAUUUCACUGCUGCACUCCCCUUUCUCCCCCAAUCUCUCUCUGUGUAGCGUACUCCCCACCCCCUUUCCCCAGGGCAGGAUGGAUGACCUCAGCACCAUCAGCCUUCUCUCCUUGGCCAUGCUAAUCGGCUGUUACGUGGCAGGCACUAUCCCCUUGGCAUUCAACUUCUCUGAGGAAAGGUUGAAGUUGGUAACGGUUCUUGGCGCUGGACUUCUGUGUGGCACAGCUUUAGCCGUCAUUGUUCCGGAAGGGGUUCAUGCACUCUAUGAGGAUGCUCUGCAUGAUAAACACACCCAUGGAGGUGAAGCAGAGAAGGUGGAGGAUUCGUUAAAGACAGGACAGUCAGCAGAGACUGAGCAUGAUCACGAGCAUAUUGCUUUGCACGCCUGCAUUGGGGUUUCGCUGGUCCUGGGCUUUGUUUUUAUGCUGCUGGUUGACCAAAUAGGCAGUUCUCACAUGCACUCCAGUGAGGAUCCAGAAGCUGCAAGAACUGCCAACACCAAGAUCACCACCACACUCGGACUGGUGGUCCAUGCAGCAGCGGAUGGCAUUGCAUUGGGUGCAGCAGCUUCCACCUCUCAGACGAGUGUACAGCUGAUUGUAUUUGUAGCUAUUAUGUUGCACAAAGCUCCUGCUGCUUUUGGUCUGGUUUCGUUCCUUAUGCAUGCAGGCCUCGAAAGGAACCGAAUCAGGAAACACCUUCUGGUGUUUGCUUUGGCAGCGCCUCUGCUCUCCAUGGUCACUUACCUGGGCCUGAGUAAGAGCAGUAAGGAAGCACUUUCGGACGUGAACGCCACCGGAAUAGCCAUGCUGUUUUCGGCAGGGACUUUCCUGUACGUAGCCACAGUGCACGUGCUCCCAGAGGUGGGAGGCAGCGGCCACAGUCACAAGGCCGAGUCCGGCGGCAAGGGACUCACUCGGCUCGAGGUUUGCACCCUGGUCGUGGGCUGCUUGAUUCCAUUGGUCCUCUCCGUGGGUCACCAGCACUAACCAGCGUCGGAGCAAGGAGGAGCGUGGAUAAUGACGGUCUGACAGUAAUCCCAUUGCGGCUGAGCCUGAUUGCUGCAGGCUUUGGGAUUUCCCCUCCUUCGGUUUGUUUUUUUCUUUAACUGCGUGGAAUUCCCAAUGAAAUGGCAUUGGAAAGAUGAAGUAUAUUGUAAUAAAAUUUGGCCAGGUUGCAACCAGAAAGUCCGGAAGAAUUCCCACCGUGUAGUCUUUUUGAAAAGGUAAUUGCGUUUUAUCUUUGCCUCCAUGACGAAGUCAAACAUCUGUUAGUUCCCAGCCCAGCCAAAUGAGGGAGUUGCAAGCUUAACCAAAUAGUGUCUUGGUGCAAAGGACAGAAUUCAGCCACUUAAUAAAUUAAUGAAGAACUUGGGGUGCAUUAGAGAUAAUCCAUGGCAUUAAUCAAGCCAAGGGAAUUAACACCGGGUUUGGUACAUGAUUUGUGACAUAUAAUUUUUACUGAAUUUUAUUCAUAAGUGUGUAGAGUCUUCACAUUCAGCUGCGGUCUUCAAGUUUGUAGCCUGUACGUUUCGCCUGCUAGUUCAGUGUCUUGUGUGCUCGAUAAUCUGAGUUUGAGGGGCUCCUGUACACGGAGAUGUUUUUGUUUAAGAGUACUUUAAUGUAAAUGGGGAAAGAGAAUAUAGCCUGGAUUUUGAUUUUAAAUGGUUAACCAUUUAAAUGAUGAUGGUGGAAGCACCCAAAAGGUAAAAUUGGAUUGGGUUGAAAGAAAGGGUAACACUCUGUGCUGAGUUAAGGAUGGGGAAUUGGUUGGGAUAAAGUUUGAAGAGUGGGUGUGGUGUUGGAUGGUCUAUAGGUAUGGAAGUACAAUUGUGGGAUUACCUUUGACCCUUCAUCAGAAUGACGUUUAACUUGUCAGGGGGGAAGAUGAGGUGAUCAGGUAGCAAGGAAUGCUCUAGAAGUUGGUGGGAGGACUGGCGUGGCAGAUGGUGGUCUUGGUAACUGUCUAUGCCCAGCUCACUGGUAGUUAAAAAUGUGGGAAGAGUGAAAUAUAAUUAGUAUGACUGUGCUGAGUUGUGACUAUUUCUUGUUCUGAACCAUGUUCUAUUGCUUCAGUUGUUUUAUGUGAACUGAAAUCAUUCCAUGGAUGAUUGCCUUAUUAUUCCAACUCUCUUUGUGCACAUUAACAGAUGUUGCAAUUUUUUUUUUUGUUUUUAAGAUAAAUUAUCUAUAAAUAAAUUUUUAAUAAGUGGCCAA